AUGGAGCUUGCUUUAGGUCAAAGCCUGCCUUUUUGGUAUGAGGUUUCAAAACACAGACAUUUCUUUGUUCUUGACUGCCUUGCUCACUGCCAAGGGGUUGAGUUUUUUGCUGUUUUUCUUUCUUAUUAUUGGCCCCCACCUCCAACUCCAUCAGGGUCUCAUCUCCUGCUACCACCAUUCCUCUUUCCAACUUUCAUGGUUCUGCUGAUGUUCCUGUCCUCUUCACCUGUUCCUAUUUGGUUUUCUUUUUGCCUUUCUUUCCCCCCCCCCUUCCAACCUGACUGUCUCUGUUCAUAUCCAAUGCCUAUUUCCAUCCUGUCAUCCAAUGCUUUGCUGUUUAUAGCGGAUGUGUACCUUUCUCCUCAGUCCAACCCCAGGAGAAAUACUUCUUUCUGUUUCCUCCAUCAUUUAAUCAAUUUGCUCUUUCCACUCUUUCUCUCUAUUUUCUCUCCCGCUGACUCUUUCACUCUCUCUGAUCCCACUGGCUCUCUCUCUCUCUCUCUGUGCUCUCUCACUCUCAGCUAUCUCUAUCUGUCUCUGUGCUCUCUCUGUGCUCACCUCUUUCUCUCUGCUCACCUCUUCCUCUCUCUCUCUCUCUCUGCUCACCUCUUCCUCUCUCUCUCUCUCUCUCUCCCUCUUCCUCUCUCUCUCUCUCUCUCACCUCUCUCUCUCUCUCUGCUCACCUCUCUCUCUCUCUCUCUGUGCUCACCUCUUUCUCUCUCUCUGUGCUCACCUCUUUCUCUCUCUCUGUGCUCACCUCUUUCUCUCUCUCUGUGCUCACCUCUUUCUCUGUGCUCUCUCUCUCUCUCUGUGCUCUCUCUCUCUCUCUGUGCUCUCUCUCUCUCUGUGCUCUCUCUCUCUCUCUCUCUGUGCUCGCUCUCUCUCUCUCUCUCUGUGCUCGCUCUCUCUCUCUGUGCUCUCUCUCUCUGUGCUCUCUCCUCCCUCUCUCUCUCUCCUCGCUCUCUCUCUCCUCGCCCUCUCUGCUCGCCCUCUCUGUGCAUAUUUUCAUUUUUUCUUUCUUUCUUUUCAUUGGCUAAACUUCUUCAUAUUGCUUACUGCAUUCAGUCUUUUCUGCUUUCCUCAUUAAUGAAUCCAUUCCAAAUGUUUGAUGGACUAGGCUCAUUGUCAACUUCAUUGUCUUCAUAUUUUUGUCUCUGUUAA